AUGUCAGUCAAAGGAAGCACCAGUUCUGUAGCAGUAGCAACAAUCCAGGAAGGUCCUGCAAAACGGGCGGUACUAGUUAGGGCCAGUAAAAAGCCUAAAGAGGAUAGCGCUUCAUCAACUCAGAGAAGCCCCAAGAUUGUGAAGGAGACUAGAGCAGUGAUCAUAGACAUUGGCACAGGUUACUGUAAGUGUGGAUUUGCUGGAGAGCCUCGUCCCUCCCAUGUUAUUUCAUCUACAGUGGGCAAGCAUUUCCAGCAGACUGCUAAAACUGGGGACAAUCGCAAAGAAACCUUUGUUGGAAAAGAACUUCAGGAUGUGAAAAUACCCCUAAAACUUGUCAAUCCCUUGAGACAUGGCAUAGUGGUCGAUUGGGAUUGUGUCCAAGACAUUUGGGAAUACAUUUUCCACAAAGAGAUGAAGAUUCAGCCAGAGGAGCAUGCUGUCCUGGUAUCAGACCCUCCACUGAGUCCUACCACCAACAGGGAGAAAUAUGCCGAGAUGCUGUUUGAAACGUUCUGCACUCCUGCCAUGCAUAUCGCCUACCAGUCCAGAUUAUCUAUGUAUUCAUAUGGAAAGACCUCCGCUCUUGUGGUAGAAAGUGGCCAUGGUGUUUCAUAUGUGGUCCCUAUCUAUGAAGGUUAUACUAUGCCAAGCAUUACUGGACGAGUAGACUAUGCUGGAUCAGACCUCACCCAUUACCUCAUGAAGUUAUUAAAUGAGGCUGGGAAAACAUUUACUGGGGAACAACUAAGUAUGAUAGAGGACAUUAAGGAAAAGUGUUGCUAUACGUCUCUGGACCUUCAGCAUGACAUGAGUUUGCCUCUCCGGAAACAGCAGGUUGAUUAUGAACUUCCAGAUGGGCACCUAAUUCCCAUUGGCAAAGAGAGAUUCCUGUGUGCUGAAAUGCUCUUCAAACCAUCCUUGAUAGGAUCACAGCAGCCAGCACUUCCAUUGCUGACAAUGACCUGCCUCAGUAAAUGUGAUGCUGAUCUCAAGAAGAAGCUGAUGGGCAAUAUCUUGCUGUGUGGAGGCUGUACCAUGCUGAAGGGUUUCCCUGACCGUUUCCAGAGAGACCUGACCAAGAUGUGCCCCAAUGAUGACCCCAUUGCAGCAGCAUCCCCUGACAGAAAGUUUUCUGUCUGGACUGGAGGGUCAAUUUUGGCAUCACUCAAUGCCUUUCAGAAGCUCUGGGUUUACAGAAGAGAAUAUGAAGAACGGGGUCCUUUCUUCAUCUACAGGAAAUGUUUCUGA